CUACCGUAAGAUGCAUGUCUUCUUAAGCUGGGUCUGCGAUCUCUAUAUGAAUGAAAAAUCCCUCCUCGCAUACCCAAUCUAUUCAUCUUCAUUCAAUCCAGAUGUAUAAUGGCAACAGUAUCCAAUCUUGCGCUUUUUCUUGUGGCGAGACUGGCCAUCUCUUUAUAUAUGCCAGAGGCGGGAGCAGUUAAGUUUAAUAUACGGAACCAGUGCGGGUACACAGUCUGGGCGGCGGGAUUACCCGGAGGAGGGCAGCAGCUGAACCAGGGUCAGACAUGGACGGUUAAUUUGCCGGCGGGGACACAGUCGGGAAAAUUCUGGGGCCGAACUGGCUGCUCUUUCGAUGCGAGAGGCCGAGGAAGCUGUAAAACCGGUGACUGUGGCGGCCAACUGAGCUGCCAAGCCACGGGAGCCGUUCCCACCACGUUGGCCGAGUACACCCUCAAUGGAACUAGCAACCAGUACUUUUACGACAUCUCGCUGGUAAACGGCUUCAACGUUCCUCUUUUCAUCACUCCUACCAAUACUCAGUGCACCGCUCCUGCAUGCAAAGCCGACGUGAAUGCUGUGUGCCCCACUGAAUUGAAGGUGGAUGGCGGAUGUCAAAGUGCCUGCACUGUCUUUCAAACUGACCAGUAUUGCUGCAGAGGUACCUAUGUUGGCAACUGUCAUGCCACAAACUACUCGGUGGUAUUCAAGAACCAGUGUCCUCAGGCCUACAGUUAUGCCAAGGACGAUGACAUAAAUGUGGAAUAAUAUAUUUAGUCGACAGACUAUUUUAAGUGGGGAACAACCCACCUGAUUUAUGUCUCAUGGGAUUUCUUACAUCGGGAAUUUUGUUGGAAUUUCUGGACAAGCUAUGAAUCUAUUA